UUUUUUUUCGGUGUCUUCUCCUGAGAGGAUUUACUUUCUUCUGACAGCAUGACGGAGAACAAGAGGAAAGAUAAGAAAGGGAGAAAGAAGGGGGGUAAGAAAGGACAAAAGGAGAAAGAGGUUGAUCCCACAGCAGCUGCCGCUCCAAAGUUAAAACCGAUGAAGAAUCCAAUAAUAGUGGAAGAGGGAAGCAAGCUCAUAGUAAAGUGUGAGACCAACACAGCGAACCCUCCCCCCACCUACAGAUGGUUCAAAGAUGGCAACGAGCUGAAGAAAAGCAAAAAAAUCCGAAUACGGAACAGCCUGAAAAACUCCAAAGUCCAGAUCAGCAGAGCAAAACUGGAGGAUUCUGGGAAUUAUACGUGUGUGGUGGAGAACGUGCAUGGAAAGGACAACUCCACUGGCACUGUCAACGUCCAAAGCAUUACCACAACGCCAUCUCCAGGCUCAGGCCACGCCAGAAGAUGCAACGACACAGAGAAGGCCUACUGUGUGAAUGGCGGCGACUGUUACUUCAUACAUGGUAUAAAUCAGCUCUCCUGCAAAUGUCCGGAUGGAUACUUCGGCCCACGAUGCUUACAGACUGAGCCGCUGCGGUUGUACAUGCCCAAUCCUUUCAAAAAGGCAGAGGAACUCUACCAGAAAAGAGUCCUGACAAUCACGGGUAUUUGUGUGGCUCUGUUGGUGGUGGGCAUCGUCUGUGUGGUUGCCUACUGUAAAACCAAGAAACAAAGAAAGAAGAUGCACAAUCAUCUGCGACAAAACAUGUGUCCAGAACAUCCCAAUCGUAACCUUGCUAACGGACCCAAUCACCCAGGACCAGGCCCAGAGGAUAUCCCUAUGGUAGAUUACAUAUCAAAGAAUGUCCCUGCAACUGAACGAGUCAUACGGCAUGCAACAGAGGGAUCGUUCCCUGGCAGCCAUGCCUCUUCCAGAUCUCACAACUCUUCCACACGAGCCCAUUCAUCAACUCACAGACACGAGGAACGGACAUGGAGCCUGGAACAUUCGGACAGCAUCCUCUCUGACUCGCCAGGAAUGAUGUCAUCAUCCGUGGGGACCAGUAAAUGCAGCAGUCCUGCGUGCAUGGAGGCACGGGCCCGGCGCGCUGCACACUGUGGCUACUCUGACCCCCAUCGGCCGGGCCUGCCGUACAGAGACUCCUUUGACUCGCUGGGAGACUCUCCGCACAGCGACAGAUACGUGUCGGCCCUGACGACACCAGCCCGCCUCUCCCCAGUGGAUUUCCAUUACUCAUUGCCCUCGCAGGUGCCUACCUUCCAGAUCACAUCCCCCAAUGCCGGCCAUGCCAUGUCUCUCCCUCCCGCUGUCCACAACCCUUACCCUCUGGAGGAUGACCAGCCUCUGCUGCGCCGCUACCAGGUGCCCCUACACGAUGCCCAAUGCCAGGAGCCCUACCGGCAGCAGCGUCGCACCUAUCUAAAUGACAGCAGGGGCAGCCUGCCCUCCAGCCCCUACCGGCUGGCUAAAGAAGAAGACUAUGAGACCACCCAGGAGUAUCUCUCCUCUCGGGAGCAACCAAAGAGAAGUGGGUCCAGUGGAACUGGUAGCCGGCGCUGGCGGAGAUCCAGACUGAAUGGCCACGUGGCCCCGCGUGGAUAUGAGGCAUCUCGGGACUAUGGGUCUCGAAGCUGCCUAACAGAUAGUGAGUCAGAGGAGGACGGUGAGAGCACGCCCUUCCUCAGUAUGCAGAACAUGAAUGCCGAGCCCUCCACCAUCUACAGGCCGGUGGACAGUCGGACUUCUCACUCAUCGGGGCGGCACAGUGGGCAUGGAAACAUGCAUACGAGACUUACACACUCACGCCCCAAACCAGACAAUACACCCCAUUAAAGAGUGAAAAUGAACCAACAAAAAUCAAUAUAGUAUAGACCUGCAUCUAUAAGAAAUAUUUUUAUUUUAUAUAACUGACAGAUAUUCUAAACAAAUGAAAUAUUUAUUUUCAUUUUAGCAAAAGUUGUCUACUAGUUAACAGCAAAGACUUUUUUAUAGGGAAAACUCUAUUUAUAUGUACAUUUUGAUUUACAGCAUAAAAAGAUGUGCCAGUUUUUUCACAACGUAAAAAAAAAAAUAGAGUAAUAUUGUGGUGCCUUUUGCUGUAUGCCGAUGCCAGAGGGCCAGUGGAGGUUUUUGUAGCCUUUCUUAUAUGGACGCCUCAUUUUUUAUACACGUUUAUGUUUUUUUUCCUCUCUGGUUUCCUGUUUUACUUUCUUUCCAAGUUGCAUUCUUUGAGGAGUCUAGCCCCACUGGAACAUAACCCCUUCCAUGUCACGCAAUAUAAACCACUUCAACAUAAAGUGUAUGUUUACAUUAAUAUGAUUUUGCCUGUAGGGUUUAUGAUUUGGGAUCUGAUAGAACGCCUGAUAAAUACAAUGUAGAUCCUUUUUGCCCUCUGAUUAAUGUCUACAGAGAGAAAGAGAGAGAGAGAGAGAGUGUAUGGUUGUGUAUGUGUGUUUAAAUGCCUGUGUGUGUGUGUGUAUGUCAGUUUGCUUGCAUGUAUUUGUGAUCGUUAGUUGAAUUUCAUUGUUUGUUGUGGUGACAUCAAGCGUGUGGGUCUACUGGUUGACAGAAGAGCGUGACAGAAGUUCACUGAAUAGUGCUUUAUCAGAACAAUGGCCCCAGUGUAGGAGGACAGAUAAGGCUGCUGUAGGGUUGUGUGUUAUGCAGCUCAUUGCUGGAUGUGUUUACAGCUAUUUCGCCCGUUCCCCAGACCAGUUAAGUCCCCCCGUUAUUUCCCAGCAGGUUUUUCCUCAUGUUAGUCUGUUAUGAGGCCAACAAACACUGAGCCGCCUGGCACAGGGUGACCUCUGCCAUCAGAGGUGAUGGCAAAACAAAAAGAUUGCAUCUGUUUUCACUCAACUCAGCCCCUAGUCCCAUGCCUCAUCAUCCUACUGUGUCCAUUCUGUUUUUGUGGCCUGUGUUGAAGGCCACACAGUGUCUCAGGAUUUCCACACGGCCCCCAUACACCCCCCUCAACCCCCUCCACCUUAAACCCCGUAACUUAAGGUCAACCCACGACUGAGGUUCUCAGUUAAAAAAGGCCUACAUGUUAACGUACAGCCUACCAGUUCCCCGAACACUCCCAUGCAGAGAGAAGGAAAGCCAAGCGGAAGCAGCUCAGUGGAGAACAGUGCAGAACAUACUAGACAAUAUAAACGAAAUAGCUGUGAAACUUUAGAGGAUCAUACAAUGCAAAAAUAUGCAAACUUUCUAUUUUGCUGUUUGAUUACAUCAUUUUCUAAGAGGUGACUGUAGUGUGUUGUGUGAAAAAAAAACUAUGUGAUGCCUAUAGUGUAGAAUGAAAUAACAUGAUAUAAAUGCAUAUUUACAUUAGUUAGUUUUUAAAGCCAUUAUGCAGCCAUCUUUAAAGUUGUCAGCCUUUCUUGUUCACAUACUCACGCCCACUGAAUGACUGCGUCCAUGAAUUGUUUCAGCACUUGGUUUAGACCGCUUCACUUUACACGCACACUUCCAAGUAUAUCAAAUAGAAUCCAGAUAGUGUCUCCUCCAAUAGUACUACGUUGUCUUGUUCACAGAUCUAGUCAUUUCAAAUUUACUCUGUGAACGAUAAUAAUUUGAAUUUGAGAAGUAAACAUUUAAGUCCCCUGUCCUCCACUGAAGGAAAAGCAAAUAUUUCAAAGGAAAUCAAAGGAAUGUCAAAACCAUUAGAAGUAAGAGAGAACAGUAGAUGCUUCAUCACUGUUGUAUGUGUCUACCUUGUUAACUAUGCUGAAUUAUCAUAUUUUCAUUGGUUUAAAAACUCUCAAAAAGAUAGAUCUGCAAUUCUAACUGCUAUGUGGUAAAUGCACAGUGGUAUUGUUAUAGAAAGGUCUUUGGUCACACCUCACUUGCAGAUAUUUCAUUGAGUUUCUCACCUCUUGGUCUAAUUUUGUAUGUCUGAAAAAUGCAAAAGAAGACAGUGCUCCUCUGGUUUAAAUGUGAUACUCCCUUCACUUUGCCAGUCCUCUCACCGAAAUGAGAUGCUACCGGGCACGUCCUGCCAGUCUGUUUAAUUUUAUGACCCCACCCCCUCACCUGACCCCACCCUCGCUUGAAAUGUUUGAACACCUCUCCUCUGCAUGUCCUUGUGGUCACGGUUUGAUGGGUGCAUGGUAAAAAAAAAAAAAAAGCAGCAGACAAUUCCUUUUUCCAGUCAGUGAAAGUGUAUUUCAUUUAACAUUCAGCAAUAAAAAAGACCCUUUCCCACAUGUCAUUCCUGAAAUAUGCUAGAAAAAAAGAAAAAAAUGCGAGAUUGUCAUAGAUUGUAAAAUAAAAUGAAAAAUGAAUCCACCUGUUCAUAUGAGAAAA